AUGGAGGGGCCUAACGACAGCGCGGAGAAGUCUGAAGGUGGACCCAAUUAUGCUAUCCCAGAAAAUGGACCCAAAUAUGAUAACCCAGAAAGCGGACCUAAUUAUGUUACCCCAGAUAGUGGACCCAACUGCGCAAACUCGGCGAACGCCACCUUCUCGUUCGAGAUGCUCGACAUGAUCAUCACGAGCGGCAACCCUAGCCGAGCCAAGUCGCAAGAGGAGACGAACCGUAUGACUGAAAAUACAACGCAGGGGAAGCCCUUCUGCCCGUCCGAAGAACGCGUUGAAAUUUCAAGCGGAACAAAACGAGCAAAGCGGAAAAGCUCUCUCCGUGAGCAAACAACCAACAGUGAUGAAGAUGCAGUCGAAUUUAAGAAGCAAUUUCACAAUUGGGGGAAAAGGGAAAAGAAGAAAAAAAAAAAGGUCUAUAAUAUGAACACAGAGGUAGCAAUAGGAAGCGGUUCUGAAUUCUCCCUUCUGGGUGAGUUUCUGCCUGUCGAAGGGAUCCCUGAUUUGGCUUCCUCUAAAGAGGAGAUGUCAAAUCUGGGCGACUUGGUAGACUGCCUAAGUGGUGGCAAUAGCAGCGGGGGGGAACACUACCACAUGGGUGGAGAAAGUGACAAACGCAGUGCUACGAAUGAGCGGAAUGAAAAACACAUGAACGAGCAAGAUGUGGAUGCCCAACUAGCCAAAAUGCAACAGGCGGAUGAAGAAGUCCUCCUCUCAAGGAACAUCGAUUGUACCAACUGCAAAUAUUACUUAAAAGAAUUGACGAGCAGAAACUACAUGGACUUCUCCUACAUGGAUCAGUACAUCAGCGAGGGGGAGAGUAACCUGCUUUUAUUAAAAAAUAAAAAAAUUGAGGAAUUGGAAAAUGGGAACAAAUUAAUGAAACGCAAAAUGAGCAAGUUGAAAGAGGAAAAUAAUUUUCUGAGCAGCAAGCUGGACACACUCGCGGAGAGUUUAAGCGACUUGAGGGACCACUUUGACAAGCUGGUGGAAGAAAAUAAAUCGCUAAAGGAGGAGAAUAAACGGCUGAGCGGGGAGCUGCAGAAGGGGCAGACGUGUAAGGAGGAAGUGGAAGGCGCGAGCAAGAAAGACGCCAAAAAGAAAGGAGCCAGCAAAAAGGAUGCCUCUUCUUCAUCCCAUGGAAGACGGGAUCCCCCCGAAAGGGAUUUUGAAAAUUCAAUCGAUAAUGAAUUAUUUAACGAGCUCAGUUGA